AUGCUCAAAAACUACUCGCUGAAACUUUUUGAAGUAUUUGCACUGCACUGCGUGGGUGGGCAUGACACAAUCUCUGUUAGGUUUUGUGGUCAAGUGGUGAAUGUUCGCGAGCAGCAAGAUGCACUGGAAUUUUACAAUGCAUUGUUUGACUCAAUUGACGAGGGACUGAAAAUAUUGGGCGAACCUCGAAUCUGCGAAAAAUUGUUUGGCGGAACAUUCGCUGACCAAAAAAUAUGCAAAGACUGCCCGCACAGGUAUCAGCGCGAAGAGACAUUCACAUCGAUCUCAGUUGACGUGCGAUCUCAUAACAACUUACUUGAUUCCCUCAAGGAAUACGUGAAGGGCGAUAUUCUGAAUAACGAUAAUGCAUAUCUUUGCGAAGAAUGCAAUAAAAAAGUUGGUUUUCUAAAAAUGUUUGUAAUAAGUAAAAUUUUGUUAGUUGACAUGACGCAAUGCUAA